AAGUAUUAAAUAAUCAGAAAGUUAAAUUAACAUUUGACUUUAUUGAAAAACAACCGCCAUUUAUUCGCAUGAUCAUAUGCGAAACGCAAAUUGAUGCUGAUGAUGCCCAAAACUUAUUUGAAAAUCCCAAUCAUGUUCCUACUUUAUACCUACAACGAAAUGUGAUGACUAACAGGAAUUGUGAGCUUCGUUUUGAUCCAAAAUUGCUCGAGUUAUUUUAUGGUAAAAUCCAACAGAUUCAGAAUUAUAAGAAACCAAGUAGAACUUUUACGAGGCUCCAAAAAAAUAUAAUAAUUGAUAUAGAUGAUUCACUAGGGUUGAUUCUAUUUUGUGAUCCUGAAUCUACUAAGCUAUUGGUUUAUAAAUUUUUUGAAGAAAACCCAUUUGACAUCAUACUUUAUGUCGGAAUUGAUAAACCAUUUGAGGCUAUUUAUACUCCUGAUAUCUUGAAAGUUAUCUUUAUACAGUGCCAAGAAACAUUAUGUUUUAUUGAAAAAAAUGGAAAUGCGAAAUUUUAUGAUAUUAAAAUAAAACAGCCUAAAUCAAAAACCUUAGAAUUUCCAGAAAAUACAGUGAAUGUGUUGAGCUCUCCAAAUG